CUGUGGUUGUGUUUCAGGUCUGCUCGUGUUGAUAACGACACACUUCGGACGCAUUUCAUCGCGGAGAGAUGGGAAUUCAGAAGAAAUGGCUCUAAAACAAAUUGCCCCAACGCUGCUGGCCCUGUUCGGCUUGGUGGCUGUCGCUGAUGCUCUGCGUUGUAACUGUACAAACUGUGAGAAGACAGGCUAUGAGUGUGAGACAGAUGGCGCCUGCAUGGCCUCCACGUACUACAUCCAGGGGAAGGAGCAACACGUACGCAUCUGUAUCAACCGGGACAACCUGGUUCCCCCUGGACAACCCUUCUACUGUCUGAGUGCUGAAGGCCUGCUCAACACACAUUGCUGCUAUGUAGAUUACUGCAACAGUAUUGACCUGAAGGUCCCUGUUCCAACAACGGAGGGGGACUGGUCAGGCUCAGGAAGCUCCUGGGGGCCAGUGGAGCUGGUGGCGGUCAUCGCAGGACCAGUGUUCCUGCUCUGCGUCCUGCUGAUGGUUGGUGUUUUCCUGUUCCAGUAUCAUCAGAGGGCUUACAGCCACAGGCAGAGGUUGGAGGUUGAGGACCCAUCCUGUGACCAUCUGUACCUGGCCAAGGACAAGACCCUGCAGGACCUCAUCUACGACAUGUCCACCUCUGGAUCGGGCUCUGGUUUGCCGCUGUUUGUGCAGCGAACAGUAGCCAGGACAAUUGUUCUGCAGGAGAUAAUAGGAAAGGGUCGUUUCGGUGAAGUCUGGCGAGGAAAGUGGAGGGGAGGAGAUGUGGCGGUGAAGAUCUUCUCAUCCAGAGAGGAGCGCUCCUGGUUCCGAGAGGCUGAGAUCUACCAGACAAUCAUGCUGCGUCAUGAAAACAUCCUCGGAUUCAUUGCAGCGGACAAUAAAGACAAUGGCACAUGGACUCAGCUGUGGCUGGUGUCAGACUAUCAUGAGCAUGGCUCCCUUUUUGACUACCUGAACCGUUACUCCGUCACCAUUGAGGGCAUGAUCAAACUGGCCCUGUCAGCUGCUAGUGGACUGGCACACCUUCACAUGGAGAUCCUCGGCACUCAAGGUAAGCCUGGCAUUGCUCAUCGUGACCUCAAGUCUAAAAAUAUCUUGGUUAAGAAGAACGGCAUGUGUGCCAUAGCUGACCUCGGCCUGGCAGUCCGCCAUGAGUCCAUCACAGACACAAUCGAUAUAGCACCUAACCAGCGCGUGGGCACUAAGAGGUAUAUGGCUCCAGAAGUCCUGGACGAAACCAUCAACAUGAAACACUUUGAUUCUUUCAAGUGUGCUGACAUCUACGCGCUGGGCCUGGUGUAUUGGGAGAUUGCGCGUCGCUGCAAUGCAGGAGGUAUCCAUGAGGAGUACCAGCUGCCCUACUACGACCUCGUGCCCUCUGACCCUUCUAUAGAGGAGAUGAGGAAGGUGGUGUGCGACCAGAAACUGAGGCCCAACGUGCCCAACUGGUGGCAGAGCUACGAGUCACUACGUGUGAUGGGGAAGAUCAUGAGGGAGUGCUGGUACGCCAACGGAGCAGCCAGGCUGACGGCCCUGCGCAUAAAGAAAACUCUGUCUCAGCUCAGCGUGGAGGAGGACGUCAAGAUGUGAGCGGCCAGGCGGUGACGAGGCGCUCUGGAGACGCACAACUAGACCACACUCCCAUAGGAAACAAACACUAAAGACAGACUGCAAAUGAAAACCCUGCCAGUUUUAAAGCCACACUCCAAGUUGUGACAAGGCCUACCUCACCUUUUUAGCCAAAACUACUGAGAAUCACCCUCCCCUAUCGACCGUCCUCCCCUCCUCCUAUCUCCCCUUUUGUUCCUCGUGUCUCCUUCCCGUCCCCUUCGACCCGUCCCCUUCGACCCCCCCCCCCCCCCUUCUCCAUGGGCCACAACACUACAGCACUACCACUGUUAAUAUCAUCACACUCAACUUUUUUUUUUUUUUUCAUUUCCCAUGGCAGGAAAAACUAUUGUACAGUGACGGGAUUUUUUUGUUCGUUUGAUCUUUUUUACCUCUCUGAAAUUGUCCCAUGACCGACUAACCUUGUCCAGAAGAGUCAAGCAUGUUGUGGGUUUCAAGUUCAAGAAUAAUAACACUUAACUUCUGUUGGCCAUGCAACUACACAUGCUGUCGCUGUGAGUGUGUGAGGGAGGGGGUGAGAGGCUGAAGCACUGUUUUUAAUCAUGUGUAAAAUGUGUCUGGACUACUAGCAUGUCUCAAAGACACAAAGAUGUCCUCUGGUAUAGUCUGUAGUUCAUUAGACGAAAUCCGUUAUUGGACAUUUGGUAAUUUAGCAUCAACAGCCAGAUUGUGCUUUUUAAUCCCUCAUUUAAAUAUCCUACAAACAACUGUAGCUUCCUCAUCACGUGCGAGACCUCUUAGGUUUGGCACAAUAGAUGCGAUCCACUCCUGGUGUUAGUUUGAAACGUGGCAGGGAUAAUGUUUGGGAUGGUUUUUAAUUUUAAUUUAUUUGUUGAUAGUUUUAAUUUCAUGUUGAUGAACACUGUGAGAUGAGACGUGACAAGCCAGAGUCUUGGUAGGAAAAAUUAAUGUAGUUCAGUCCAAGUCUUCACCAUGGUUCAGAUUCAGGCGUCGCUGCGUUCAUUUAAUAAGAUACUCAGUUAAAAUAUGGAUGUAGCCAUAACCCCUGUUGGUGACAGGCGAUGACAUCAUGCACACUGAGCAAAUAAGAGGCGUAUGAAAUGGCAAUGAAAAAUACUGUUUUUCUUUUGUUUUUUAAAUGUAUUUUUGUGUUUUGUGUAAAGACAUAACGAUCGGUGUUUUCUUUUGACUUUGACAUUAGACACUACUGAUGAUGGGUACAUAUGAUUUGUAUAUAAAACAUGCUUCUUUUUUUUCCUUUUUAUGCCACAAGCUCCCGUGUGACAUCUGAACAGUGGAUUUGAAAAAAAAAAUGUUUUUGCUUGAAUGGUACUUUAAAAUCUGUUUGCAUGGUUUCUGACUGUGCCAGGAAAUAAGACUGUCAUGGCAUCUGCUGGAUUUGUUUUUCACUCGCUCCUCUCAUGGCAGUUUGGUGGUACUACUGAUCCCAGAUCAUUUUGCUGCAACUUCUGUUUUUUUAAUUUGUUGGAGUUGCUUGUUGAGCUCUUUUUCAGUGCUCAGUAAUGCAGGUCUGUUUCUACAUAAUGUCCUCUGGGGUGACAUCUCCUUCUCAUUGACACUGGAAUAUUUUAGGAGUGUUAACCUUGAAUUCUGAUACUGCCGACAGCUAUUUAUUCAGAAAUAAACACACCUGCUGACAGUUCACACACCUGGAUUCCAGGGAACAUUGGGUUAGAUGUGAUAAGUAGUUCAGAGGUUUUACCUUCAAAGGCAGACAUGCUGUAAAAGUGAAACUGCAUGUUAUCCUUCUACUUUGUCGUCUGCUUGCAGACAAGAUUAUGAAAGUAUUACACUGACAUUUUGUCAUCAUUGGGCUCUGCACUGUUAUGUCCACAUGGACUUUAGUUAAUGUUAGUUGUGUCAUGAUUAUCAACACUUGAUCCAGAAUCCAUGUGUCAUGUUGGUGUCCAUUUUGCAUGCUGUCUCAAACACUGGGUCCUCUGCACUGAGGUAGAUAAACUUAAGACUUGUCUUUCCCCUCUUCCUACUUGUUAUUUCUCCUAUUUUUUUUCCUUUUUGUUUUUUCAGGUCGUUGGCUGUGUACCCCAGAAAUGUUGCUGCUACUGUUAACAUGGGUAGAAGUUCAGCAGGCAGAGCGUAGCGG